AUGACGGCUGCCCGUAGCAAGGUACCCGCCAUUGGGUCAGCGCAAUGGAUUCUCGAGGAGCGACAUCAGUCAAACGAUCUCGUGUCGCAAGAACUAGAGGAUUUUGGCUUCUCUGUGCGCAACGAGUUGGAAUGGCUUAAUGAGCAUAUGACGGAAAUUUUCGCCGAGGAUGGACAGCACAACCUAGAUGUCUUCAAGACGCCUGGGAAACUACGCGGCAAGACGCCUCACACAACACGCAAGAGGACCGUUGCCGAACCGCGCCAGCCUCUGGCAAACCUUUUUGCAGCAGACCUACAACAGCGCACAACUCCUGCCGAGCAGAGCCUACGAGAGAUCGUCCAGAGGAGCACGGUCAAGUCGAAAUUCCUCAUCGCCGAAGACACCGAGAACGAAGCCCCUGUCCAGUCUCCAACCCCACCUACACCCGUAGCGCGUCAGCUUUUCUCCAAAACAUCGAGCAAUGGCAAAGACACUGCAGUCGACAGCUUCGACCACGAGCUUUCCGAUGAGCGCUCGCCGCCGCCGCAGCCAGCCCCAGCUCAAUGGGCAUCUUUCGAAACACAAGACACUGCGUUCAGCUCACAAGCCGACGAUGUCUUCUCACCACCACGUACGCAAACCACACAAGCAACGCAGUCUUUCAGACAGUCAAUGCGAGAUGAAGAUGAAGAAGAGUUCGGGGGAAAGGACGUGCCUGAGGAUUCAUUUGUCUCCGCGAACGACGCCUUUGGUAGCAAAAACGCGUCAAAAGAAGAUCUACGCGAACAAGCCGAACUUAAUGACGCACUUCUAGACGAAGAUUUCCAGGAAGAUCUUCGAACGGAAAGCAGGGGGACUGUCGUUCAUCACGAAAUUGACAUUGCAGAGAACGAUGACGAAGGAGAAGUUGAAGAUAUGCAGAAUAUCUCAGAUUUCCCGAGAUCUCCUCGUGUCAUAUCCGACUCCUACAGCAUAGGUGCUGAGACACAACAAGCCUUCGACACUGCGAAUCGACGGGCCCACGCGCCUGAGCCUAAGGUGCUCUUUGACCCUACAGAAAUCGGUUACUCCAAUACACCAUUCGGCCCUCCUCCAAUAUCCCCCAAGCCCAUCGAGCACGACAAUACCAUGGUACAUCAUGAUGUCGAUGACGAGAUGGAAGUCGACGAUGAGCCCACACCCUCAGAGAAAUCAAGCCCUGUGAAGCCGCUAGUUAGAAAGAGCAGUCUCACUUUCGCCUGUUUGCCUGCGCGUGAGCCAAUCCUCUCCAAGAAGAGCAUGGGACGAACAAGCCAGAUCAGGCACACGGGGGGCAAGAGUCUGGGAGGUUCACAGAUUGUGCAGCCAGUGGAGUCUCAACAUGAUGUUUCUAUAGACAUGGAGGAGGACCGACCUAUUUUGCAACGCGAGGGUUCCGAAACAACAAAGACUCACAACAAGACAUCUACCCAACGCCUAUUUGAGCGUUUUCAGAUGCUCGAGCAGCACGCGCCACCAAAACGAAUAAGCCAAAACAUAUUUUCGCAAUCCUCCCGACCCUCCGCCUAUCCUACUACCGCCUCGCAGCCGAAGGAAGUUAUACCGCCCGCACAGACAUCGCAGUCUCAGCCCACAUACCCCACUCUUCCAGCAGCUGAGCUCGAGACGGAUGAGCCCGAAGCGGAAGACGAUGAUGAUUCAUGGAUUGCGGCGCCUGCCCGGCCAGUAGUGUCUGCUGCCAACCCUGUCAGGCCCCCAAUCAACAAGAGCCACAAUGUGGCUACUCAUUCCUCGCCGUAUAAGCUGAAGCCUUCGCCAAUCAAGCUGGUGUCGACAUCCAAUCAUGAUUUCUCAGCAGCUGCGGACUCGACCACCCCGGUUGGCUCCCCAGCUGGUAAGAAAUACAUGGAUGCCCCUCUCAGUGCUUCAAAGGCUAAGUUCUACUCAGCUCUUCGCGCGGCAAAGGAUAAGCUCAUUGGUUCUACUACCGCAAGUGCACAAGUGAAGCUUGACGCUCUUUCAUCAAGCCCUAUGCGCCAGAAAUUGCAAGCAGCACCAUCGUCAGACGAUCUUUCUAGCAGUCCCAAGAGGUUAGAGAGGCCAAUUUCGAUUUUCUCUCACAUGCGGUCGCCGUCAAAGGAUUCUAUCAAGUCUGCCAAGUCCACUAAAUCUGCUAAAUCUGCGAAAUCAGAUAAAACUGCUGAGUCCUCGGGUAGUCCAACGAAAGAGGCCAGUCGAAAGACACGCAGCUCGACUGAGCGUGAGAAGGCGAAGGAAAGGGAUACACGGGAAAAGGAGAUGCUCCAGAAGCAACAGAGCGAGGACAGGCUCAGGGAGAUGCGCGAAAAGGAACAAACCAAGGCCGCAGCAUACCACAAGAAGGCCACGGCGGCGGCGAUUGCGAAAACCCCUUCCCAGAUGUCGUCUCAGACCAGCCUCAAACCGGCUCCCCCGAUCAAUACAGUACCCAAGGCAGCAUCUCGACCUGAUUCUAUCAAGGUGAACUCGGCUCCUAAGGAGCAAGGUACUGAUUCGGCUGAUGAGAUGCCACCCCCGCCUCCACCAAAGAGCUUGCUACCCACAUUCCCAACAACGAAAGUCCGGCCGCCUAAGAAGCUCGUCAAGCCGAGUAGCAAAGAUGCACUUAUGAAACCGCAAGAGCCCCAGAAGAUCUUCAUCAAGAAUCAAUACGCCCGAGCACCACCUCCAGCUGCCCGUCCGGCUCCAGUGACGACGAAAUCGACCGGCCCUUCGACACUUGGAAAGUCCACAUCAUCAAGGCCUACAGCAGCUACACUGACAAGGCCUGGCACUGCGAUGGCGAAUAAGGUUGCACCAUCCACGAAGUCGGCUCCCAACACAAUGAAGGCACCUCCGCCUAAGAUGACCCGACCGCAACCGCAGGCUAGCACAAGCUUCGAGAAGCCAAAGCCCCAAGCAUCCCAGCCUCGUGCGGACCUUGCAGCUGCUAGGGUACCUACAACCCUGAGAACCGUCCAGGAUGCAAACUCGAUUCGCGUUCCUCCGGUCAACACAGCCAAACCCCCCAAGCGCGCCCUUGAGAAUGACACAGAGACCAUCCAACGCCCGCCCAAGCGGCCAUCUCAACUAAAGCAGAACCCCAUCACACCCGGCCAUCCUUCUCAAUACGCCAAGGGGAAGAUCCCCGGUCUGGACUCUGCACGAGCAUCGUCUUCUAAGCCUAUACAACCGUCACUCCAAUACCCCAAUGGCGAUGAUAUAAAGCUGCCCGAAAUCAUGACUGACUCUGAAGACGAAGACUCGGACAACGAGUUUGAGCAGCCGUCGUGGGUCAACACACCGAAUCUGCGCGAAAUGCUGUCCACACAACAAUUGAUGGAUCCUGAAGCUAUCUUCGGUCCAAUUGCGCCGCUGAAUAUGGAACAAGUCUUCCCGAAUAAGGAGAGGCAUAAAAGGUUCCGUGAGAGAACAAGUUCAGCAUACUGGGUACAUGAUCAGGUCACGGAUGAGGAGAAAAGGAAGGAAAGAGAGGCGAGGGAGAGACUGGUGCGCGAAGGCGCGUGGACAUAUAACCCUUCUCCAAGACCUACUCCGAGAGCAGGUCCGAGUCACUAA